GGCCGAAGAAGUCUCGGAGGCAUCUCAACAUCGGAUGGAUGAUUCUGGAGAAAUCAGAAUUGGUCACAAACCCGAUUUUCGUGUGAAGUCCCCACUGAUUGCUGGUGAAGUGGAAAUCUGUCUCAUGGAGGCCUCACGUGUUCUCCCAACUGAUAAAAAGAUUCGUGAUGAUUGGGAUAAGUUGAUCAAGCUUAUGAAAGAUGCUCAUGUGCGAUUACUGAGGAAGCGCACUAGAGGGAGGGUUGGGGACGUGAAGGAAAUAGAAGAAGAUCUUAACAGGGUGCCAGUUUUUGGAGGAACUAUGGCAUGUUGGGUUAUGACUAUGCCAUUUGGAGCCUUUUACUUUGUUCAACGUCUUGGUUCAGUGCAAAUUUCUAUGAAUCGAGGCCAAUCUUCACUCGCUGGAUUUAUGGAUGAAUUAUGGAAGUUAAGGGCGUCUCUACGAAACCACAUUCGCACCCUUAAUGAGAUUGUGGAAAAAGUUGAUGCGUCUUUAUAUAACAUAGCUUUUUGUUCACCACAAGCUCGGGAAGAUGUGCCCCUUUACGAUGGAGAGUUAGUAACGCCACGAUCGCCGUAA